AUGCGUGGAGGCGAGGGUGACAGUAGUGACACUGCCUGGGGCGGCGACCGCCCCUCCACGUGGGCACCCGAGUCGGCAUUGCUGGCUACCGGCAUCUCCGACGCGUCGGGCUCACCACUACCCUCGGCUGCGCUAUCCACCUGCAUCUCGGGCUCACCGACCGCGGGCAGAGCGAGAGAGCUGUGGGAGAUACCUGGAUGGGAGGUACCUUUCCAGUUGCGGCGCUCGGCUGAUCGCCCGAGAGGCGGCGCUUCUGGCCUUUGCCGGCAGUUGGUGAGGCGGUUGGCCACGGCAAUGAAACGGGAAAUGGAACAUAGGGAUGACACUGAGAGUUCAGAAAAUGAUGAAGUUACUGAAAUUCUGGAAAGUGAAACAACAGAUCCAGAGAAAAGAAAAUAUAACGAUGAGUAUCAUAGACACAGUAAAAAGCGGAAGACUGUUGAUUCCUUAAAACCUCCUACUGUUCAAGAAUUAAAUAUGUUAAGGGAGACUGAGAAUUUAUUCAAUUCAAAUCUCUUCCGGAUGCAGAUUGAAGAAAUGUUGAAAGAAAUUCAAAUGAAAACAAAAUAUAAGAAUCUAUUCAAUGACUGGCUUUCUGAAUUUAAAUCAUAUAUACUCGGAUUGGAAGAUUUAAGUGAAUAUGAUUUAGCUGAUGAAUCAUGGCUGGAAAAUUUGACUGUUAAACCUCCUGUAUGUUUAAAACCAGCUACUGAUAAUGGAAAAUUCAAAUUUGUUUGUCCAGAGGAUGUUACUGUUGCUGGCUCAUUUAAUAUCAAUGCGUGUUUGGGACCAAUGUAUACUAUUGAUUUACAUCUGCAUAUACCAGAAGCAUUCUUUAAUCAGAAAACUGAUCAAAUCAAUCUUCGGUUUGAUCGUAAAAGAGCAUUUUAUCUUACUAUCUUAGCUGAAUCUUUAAAUGGAAGCAGUCUAAUUGAAGAGAUAAACUUUGUAGAAGCAAAUGGAUGCAUUUUCAAACCUCUCCUUGAAUUGAAACCAUCAGGCAAGUUGGGCCGCCAUGUCAGAAUCCUAUUAUGGCCUGUAACAAGCCCUUCUGCGUUGGUACUGCCAAGAUUACGACCUGGACGAGGAAACAUUCGCUCCAAUUGGUUCUUUCAAUCACACAUUUCAGCUCAAAGUGAUUGGACAAAGGACGGUAUAUCUCUUGGCUCAAACUCGAAUGGUCCAAUGAUAAGUGAUUUCCAUGAACAUUUUGAAGUUGUCUUUGUGGAUGCAUCUGGAUUUUGCAAUUUAUGUGCACAUAUGAGGAAAGAAGUUUAUAUGCAGGUUAAAAUAGCAAGUGCUCAAGCUGUUUCUCUUCUAGAUACAUCUACCUCACAAAACUUUCAAGCAUUAUUCAUGAUACCCGUUGAAUUUGUGCAGUGUCAUGAUGUUAUCAUAAGAUUUGAUAAGGAUUGUGAUUUGGUCAAGAGUGUGGAGAAAAACUGUACAUUAAAACAAAAGUUGGAUCAGACUGGUUGGAUGUUGCCUCUGUUACUUGACUUGGUACUUCCAUACUUAGAGAAAGGUCUGGGUGAGAGAGUCAACUCCAUUGGCUUUCUUCUUCCAAAAGUUCAGCGUUGGGCUUGCUGUGACCUACCUCCAUCACCUUCUUGCAUAUCUGUUCCCCUAAUACUGGGCCUGCGUUUGAAUGUUUCUCAAGCUUUUGAACGUUUACAGAGGGGACCUGGAGCAGACCAACCUGAGGCAGAAGUAUUCCGUUCAUUUUGGGGAACACUAUCACAACUGCGACGUUUUAGAGAUGGAUCCAUUUGUGAAGCUGUUCUCUGGAGUCCCCAGCAUCCUGUUUGUGAACAAGUGGUACAUUUUGUACUGGGGAAUCAUGUAGGGUUGCCUCAAAAUUCCUACAAGUAUUUUGCAACACAUACUGACUGUUUUCUGGAUGCUCCAAGAGAGGUUGCCUCCAAUCUUCCGCUGGGUGGCGAAGCCGCUGUUCAAGCUGUCAUAACUUCAUUUGAUACACUGACAAAGCAGUUACGAGGUCUCUCUGAUAUGACGUUGUCUGUAAAUACAGUACAAGGUAUUUCGCCUUUAUUCCGUUAUGCUGAUGUUUUUCCACCUGUGGUCCAAAGAAGAAAAAAAGAAACAAAUUCAAGCAGUAAUGAAAAUUCAUUGAAUUUUUCAAGUUGUAAAAAUCUUCCUCAGUAUCAUGCACCAGUUGAAGCUGUGAUGACGCUAGAACUAAGUGGAAAAUGGCCUCAAAAUUUGGAAGCUGUCCGGCGAUUGAAAGCAGCCUUCUGCGUUCAGAUGGCAAAAGCACUUCGGAAAGAAUGUAAACUCUGUGCACAAGCCCAUAUUGACUUUGUAGAUAUUUGGAAGGAUGGCUUUGUAUUCAGAAUUUGGUUAGCAGCCUUGAAAGAAGUAUCACUAAUGAAACAACGAGUAGAUGCCCUUGGCGUAGUUGGGUACCAUGACACUCCUGAAACUAUGGCUCUUGAGCAGAAGCUAGUUUUACUGCCCAAACUUACAAGUUCUCUUCAUGGACUUCACCAACAAUUUCCAGGAUCUGGUCCCACUGUUUGUCUUGCCAAACGGUGGUUGUCAUCGCAAUUAAUGGGCCCUCCACAUUUUCCUGAUCUUGUAAUUGAGUUAUUAGUUGCUUACCUUUUUGUGUCUCCUGAGCCAUUUUAUCCACCUGUUCAAUCUCAGUUGGGUUUAUUACAUUUUCUGAGAUUGGUAAGCUCUACAGAUUGGCUCACAGUACCAAUAAUUGUCAAUUUAAAUUCAGAAUUCACACGUGAACGAAUUGCAGAAUUGGAAACACAAUUUCACUCCUCCAGGCAAUCGCUACCACCUCUUUUCUUGGCUACACCAUAUGAUCGCUCAGUGUCACAGUGCACACGUACUGCUCCAACACUGCAGAUGUUAAUGCGCCUUGGGACUCUCGCAUCAGAAGCUUUAAAAAUGUUCCAGGAACAGCUUCUAGUGUCAAAACAACCAUACCUUUUGCCAAUUUUCAGACCCAAUCUGGAGGAGUACGAUGUCAUAAUUAAGUUGAAAAUAGCAAAGUUAAAUCGUAUUCAUCAAAGUAUUGACCCAAAAGACACUGGUAAUUUUUGUCCAUUAAGAGGAUAUCGGAACCAGCUGGAAGAACCAAUUCCAAUAGUGGACUUUGAUCCUGUACAGUUUUACCUUGCUGAACUGAGGGAAGGAUAUGGCAAUUAUGCUUUGUUUUUCCAUGAUCAGUAUGGAGGAAAUAUCAUUGGUGUUGUGUGGAAACCCUUGAUUACCCAAACACAAGAUUUCAAAGUGUCUCUUAUUGGUGGCCACAAACCAGUUCAGAAGUCACAGAUGGUUUUGAACUUGGAUGCUAUAUUAGAAGAUUUUCAGAUUAUUGGUUCAGGCCUUGUGACAUCAGUUAAUGCCAAAACAAGGAGAACGACAAAUCCACAAGAAAUAAGUUGCAGAGAUAUUACAUGAAUAAGCAAAAGUAUUAUUGUUUUUGUAAAUGUAUAUUACGCCAAAAUACUUCAAUAAAAUAUCUUUUCUCUUCUUGUU